GAAAGCCCCGGCGUCCCUUUUCUGCACCUGCACCUGCGCAGGCGCCGAGCCGGCCCUUCGCCUCCUGCGCGGCGGCUCUGUGGGCUGAGCGCAGCUGCCUUUCAGCGAGAGGGAAAGUUGCGGCCUCGGUCCAGGCUCCGGUGAGGAGGGGGCUGCUCCCCGCCCUUGGCCCGAGAGAUCGGAGGCUGUGCUGGGCGAAGGGCCGAAGAGGCUUUGCAGGUUCCGCAAAGGGCGAAAGAGAACCGAAGAGCCCCAUGGCAGCCUCAGGGGAGGAGACGGCCUUGGGGCAGCUGGGCCAGGAGGCCACCUGCCCACUCUGCCUGGACUUCUUCCAGCACCCGAUGGUCCUGUCCUGCGGGCACAACUUCUGCCGCGACUGCCUGGCCCAGCUGGGCGCCGAGUUUUCCUGCCCCCAGUGCAGAGCCAAGGUGGAGCCUGGCAGCGCCUGCCCCAACCGGCCCCUGGCCAGCAUCGUCUGCCAUCUGAAGAGGCUUCGGCUGUCUGGGGGAGGCCAGGAGGAGAGCAGCCGCCACCAGCUGUGCCAGGAACACGGGCAACCCCUGCAGACCUUCUGCUCCCGUGAGAAGAGCCUCCUCUGCCCCGGCUGCCUGGGGGGGCACCAGGGCCACCCCCUCCUCUCUCUGCCCGAGGCUGCCCAGGAGUACAAGGACCUGCUGGAUGGCCUCCUGGAGCCCCUGAGGAAGGAGGAGCAGAAGCUGCUGGAGCAGAGGAAGGCAGAAGAGCAGAGCCGGCAGGAGUGCCAGGAGCAAUUUGCCGCCGAGAAGCAGAAGGUGGGCCUGGCGCUGGAGUCGCUGCAGGAGCUGCUCGGGGAGAGGCAGCCGGUCUGGCUGGCCUGGCUGGCCGAGCAGGAGGAGAAGAUGGAGGAUGAGUGGGGGGUCGCCCUGGCCCAGCUUUCCGCGGAGGCCUCCCGCCUGCAGCAGCUGAUUGCCCAGACGGAGAGGAAGUGCCGCCAGACGGACGGGGAAUUCUUGCAGGACAUCCAGGACACCGUAGACAGGUGCCGGAGUCACGUGGUGGGUCGCGUAGAGAGGGUCUCUCCCAGGCUGCAAGGCAGACUCAAGGCCCUCUUGGAGAAAAACGCUUCUGUGAAGCAGGUUGUGGACAAUUACAAAGCCACUCUGCGGACGAUUCUGACCAGGGAGAAUCUGGAGCGACUUCUGGCCACGGGACCUUUGCCACAAACCCCCCAAACUCCAAGAUUGUCUAAAGUCUACAUCCAGCUGAACCCCUCAACCGCCCACCCCAGGCUCUGGUGCCAGGGAUCCACGGUGAAUUGGGCCAACAAGUAUCAGGAAUGCCUGGAUGUACCAGAGAGGUUCAACCGGGAAUUCUGUGUCUUGGGCUAUGGGGGAUUCACCACAGGAUGGAACUGCUGGGAAGUGUCUGUGCUGGAGGCAGACAAAAUCGCCCCUGUGUGGGGCAGACCGUACUGGGCCAUCGGGGUGGCCAAGGGGUCCGUCCGCAGGAAGGGGAGCUUCCAGCUGAGCCCCCAGGAGGGAAUCUGGGCCGUGGGGAAGAGUGUUGGGGGGGAGAUAGUCGCUUUCUCCAAGGAUCAGCAGAAGCUGAGCUUGCAAAGGCCGCUGCGGAGGCUGCGGGUGAGGCUGGGCUGCGAGGCAAAAGUGGUGGAGUUCCUGGACGCGGAGGUGGAAAUUCCCCUCUACACCUUCUGGACGGGGCCCUUCCUUGGGGAGACGCUCUGGCCUUUUUUCUAUCUGGGCCAAGAGGGGGUCACCCUUCAAUGUGAGGAAUGCUCUCGUCUUAGAACAGGGUUCCUGUAGUGGUGCCUCCUGGCCCCUCUGAGCCCCCUUUUGAAGUGCCCCCUUGUGUUGGCAUUCAGGGUAGACUUCAAGGGCAAAACGCCCCCCCCCCCAUAAACUGAAUUGCAGUAGUCUAACCAGGACAUGAGUGACGGGAAUUAGCAGGUGGAAGCUUUUUCCAACCUAGAAAUAAGAAAUUUCCUAACAGAACAAUUGAAGAAUGGGAAAGAGUUGUGGGAGCUCCAUGACUGGAAGUUUUCAAGAAGAGACUGGAUGGUAUAAGGUCCUCUGGCUUGAGCAGGAGGGUGGACUAGAAGACCUCUGAGGCCCCUUCCAGCACUAGGACUCCGUGACUCUGCUCAGGGCCUUCUGGUCCAGGGAAGAAGAAGGUCAUAAUGACGUAAGCAGAGAUCACAGAGAUGAGACGAUUUUGGGAUAAAACAUCUGAUUAAGGGCCUCGCAAUCCUGGUCUGGUUGAGUCCGAACCUGUUCCAAUAUUCCAAUUGUAUCUGGACCCUUACGUCCAUUUCUAACUUUGUAAAGUGAAAUUAUUAUUUAGCUUUUUGCUGUUUACUGUGCCUUUAAAUUCUUAAGCUUAUGAUUAAUAAUUUCUUAUGUUCAGAAUGUAUUGAUUAAAUUCAUAUGACCACUCAAUUCACACAUAAGUGACUCUGGGCAACUUGGAACAGGGGUCUCCAACCUUGGUCCCUUUAAGACUUGUGGACUUCAACUCCCAGAGUUCCUCAGCCAGCUUUGCUGGCUUAAAGGGACCAAGUCUUAAAGGGACCAAGGUUGGAGACCCCUGACUUAGAAUACUUAAAACACCACAAAGAAACCCAUAACCCCCAUCCUAUGCACACACGGCAGCAACAACACAAUCAAAUUGGCCACUUUUUUAAUUAUUAUUUUUUACAAACACAUCAAUCCAUGAACAAUGUGGCGCCUGGGUGUCAUACAUUCUAAUACAAAUAAAACUAAUAGCAUUAGUCAUAGUCAUUACUUUCAAUCCAACUUAUACAUUUUUAAUAGUAAUACAUAUUUAUAUAAAGUUGCAAUCUAUCAUUCAAUUAUUCCAUGUUUUCUCUUUAUUACUCUUAUUAUAUUUGAAUACAAAUAAAACUAAUAGCAUUAGUCAUAGUUAUUACUUUCAAUCCAAUAAUGAAAGAUUGCAAUUUUAUAUAAAUAUC